UUCCUAGUCGCGUCUCGUAUAUUCACCGACUUCCACUCUUCCGUUCGAGCAGAGAGUCUUACUUGUCUCUGCCUCAUGUGUGUGUGAGUGUGACAUUUUUUUCCACAGACUGUUUCGUCCAACUGCAACAUGUUUACCUGGCUGGGUCGCCGCCACCACCGUUACCAGUAUCUCGCCGUUGAUACCGCUAGGAUAUUCGUGUCAUCUUGUCAGCCGCAUUAAUUCACAGAUUUGCGGAGCAAAACAGAAAAAAAGCAGGAGAGAGCGUGAGAGAGAAAGAGAGAGAGAGAGAGAGAGGUGCCAUGGAUGAUGAAGAGCGUCUUGAGGGUGAAGAAGAGAUGGAGUUGGAUGAGGCUUCUGAUGGCGAGGAUGAAGAUGAGGAAACUACUGGGAUUUCUGUAUCUCCUGCCAAUUCAGAUCAGUUAAUGGGACAGACUACUCCAACUACUCCUGUCACACCAGAUGAAGUUUUUCAUGAUCCAUUGCGAUACCAAAAGUUUCCACUGCCUGGUGGCAAGCCUUUGAAUAUUCGUAGAGGGCCUGGUAGACCACGUAAAGAAAGGCCUCUUGGUAUACCUCGUGGAAGUGGUACUAGGAGGCCAUUUGGAAGAGGUGGCGCUAGAGGCAAAGGGCUUGGAUAUGCGAGAGGUAUACCACGUCGUACCAAGAGUAAGGAUGACGACACACACUCGGAGUCGCCAAGUCCUUUACGUACUAUCGGAGACGACGCCGCUCCUGACGGCGGUGGCGGCGAAUCGUCAUCGGGAAACACAGGCGACAAAUCAAUGCUGGCGCCUGAAGAACCACCAUACUUUCCUGAACAAUGGCCGGGCAAAGUAUGCGCGUUAUGCAAUUUAGGUGAGAGAAGUCAAUUGGGACAGGGCGAACUUUUGCGCCUGUCGUGUCCAACAGGUUUUAUUCCAGAAAAAUCGAUGAAUCGCGAGGAGACCGACCAUUUCGUCGAUAGCGCUGCUACUGGAGAUAAAAGCCCGCGUGCAGCCGUACCUGGAGCCGCCGUUACGUGUCGUAGGCAAAAAAGUUUAGCCAAAUGCAGGAAUACUAGUCUAACAAAUUUUACGGAGCCAGUGGAGGAGCUGACAAUCGUAGGCUAUUCGGAGGAACCGGAAGUCAGUAUUCUGUUCGAGUCGACGACCGGCUAUUUUUAUGUCCAUCAGUCAUGCAUUAUCUGGUCUAGCAACAGUCAAGAUUUAGCACCGGAAGUAACAAGUCGUGCUGUUCUUCAGGCUUCCUCCAGACGUUGCGCCUCUUGCUCACAUUAUGGAGCCGGAAUUCCUUGCAAAGUGACAUCGUGCAAUCGUUAUUUUCAUUUUCCGUGUGCCGCAGCUAAGAGUUGCUUCCAAGACAUCAAGAGCUUAUCUCUAUUUUGUGAUCUACAUCUCGGUCAAGUCCCGCUUUUGCUGAAUGGGGAGGUAACUUGUGUGCAAUGUUAUGGAAUGGGAGAUGUGUCAAAUCUAGUGAUGUGUUCUGUGUGCGGCCAACAUUAUCACGGCAGUUGCGUAGGACUAAAGUUGCAGCCUGGAGUACGCGCUGGAUGGCAAUGUGUGUCUUGUCGUGUAUGUCAAGUUUGUCGACAACCCGAAGACGUUUCUAAGGUGAUGUUGUGUGAACGAUGCGAAAAGGCAUAUCAUCCUAGCUGCUUGCGACCAAUUGUUACUUCUAUCCCGAAAUACGGAUGGAAGUGCAAGUGUUGCCGCAUAUGCACCGAUUGCGGCUCACGUACUCCCGGAGCUGGUUUGUCCUCCAGAUGGCACUCUCAUUAUACAGUAUGCGAUUCGUGUUACCAACAGCGCAAUAAAGGCUUUUCAUGUCCUCUCUGCCGAAAAGCUUACAGAGCUGCAGCGUAUCGUGAGAUGGUGCAGUGCCAUUCGUGCAAGAAAUUCGUACACGGCAGUUGCGAUCCCGAGGCCGAUCCCCGUAAGUAUCAGCAACGCAAGGAGGCGAAACCUGAUUACGAAUACGUCUGUCAACAUUGUAAGGACAUGGCUAUGGCUAGACGAAAGGACAGCAUUGAUGACGGGGACUUGAGUCUAAGCGCUUCUCAGGAGAGUCUUGAUGGCGAUUCCUUUGAGAUGGAUUUUCAGGGUAGUUCCGAGGAAGCCCUCUAUUCAGUUGGGUUAGGCAAGGGAAAACCGUUUUGCGUUACUAAGAUUGCAAAAAAGAGAUUAGGAAUCAGUGGCGGUGUUAUUGGUAGGCCAAAAGGUGUCGGGAAGCUAGGCUAUCAGAAAAGGCAGAAAAUGACUGAGUUUGGAAGGAAGAGAGGACCUAAGGCAAAAAUUAGAGGAGUUUUUGGAGCGCCUGGAGUGGGUUUGCAACGUCCAAUGCCGGACUCUCAGUCGAAGGAAGAGGAGUCUGGAGUAGAUAACAGAUUAGUUCUCUGCUCUGCUAAGGAUAAAUUUGUUCUAACUCAGGAUAUUUGCGUCAUGUGCGGUGCAAUCGGCACCGAUCAAGAAGGUUGCCUGAUCGCGUGCGCACAAUGUGGCCAAUGUUACCACACGUACUGUGCGGCCCAUCCUAAUUCUUCGGAAUUAAAGUUAAACAAAGUCAUCCUGCAGAGAGGCUGGCGAUGCUUGGACUGUUCUAUUUGCGAAGGAUGUGGUGAAAAACACGAUGAAGGUCGCUUGAUUCUCUGCGACGAAUGCGACAUCAGCUAUCACAUCUAUUGCAUGGAUCCGCCUUUGGACAAUGUGCCACAUGGUCCGUGGAAGUGCAAGUGGUGCACACAAUGUCAAACUUGUGGUUCUAGCAAUCCUGGAUUUAACUCAACUUGGCAGAAAAACUACACUCAGUGCGGGCCUUGCGCCUCUCAUACUACUUGCAUCGCCUGCCAGGAAUCGUAUCAGGAAGGUGAUCUCAUAAUUCAGUGUAUACAGUGCGAAAGAUGGCUUCACUGCAUUUGUGAUACCAUAAAAAACGAGGCCGAGGCCGAACGCUGUGCGGAAGAAGGUUAUGUUUGUCUUCUAUGUCGUCCUCGAGAUGUGCCUCCUCCUCAUCUUCUCACAAAACCUUCUACAAAAUUCGCCAGAUUAUCUCCUCCGCCUCAAAACCGAAGUCCGGAAAUAUAUAAAUCUUCACAACAUUAUUUAGUUGAGGGAACUUAUCUUUCCGAAGCUGGAAUGAAUUAUAUCAAAGCUGUAACACCGGAGCAUCAACAAACGCGGAAAAAACGGAGAAAACUGCUUCCAAUGGUAGAUAAAGAAGCAGAUAUUAUGGCGACUAUUGAAUCUGUUGUUGCCGGAGGAAGCUUGGAUAAUUCUUUGGAGGAAGGUAACAAGAUGGAAAUAGAUGUUAAAGAGGAAUCGGAAAUGGUGCUGAAAGAGGGCAUGGUGUGGCAUCAAGCUCCUCCCGAAGGUUUCAGCAUCUGUACUUCAGAGAGUGGGCUUCCUGUUUUGCGAAAGAAACGUCAAAGGAACCUGCAAAAACUAGGAAUCGGAGGAUUUUCAGUAAGACUGAGAGGAACCAGAAAGGAAAAAGAAGAAGAAGGAGGGGAUACCGAAAAGCUUGGAGAAUCUUCAGUUAUGGGACCGGGAGACGAUAAACCCCGAAGAAAACCUCAAAGAAGGAAGCCAAAGCCCAAAUUGUCAGAAUGCUAUCCUCUUUACAUGCAGGAAGCGUUUUUUGGUAAAGAUUUAUUAAUGAUGGACACGAAAGAGAAAGAUCUUAGCAGUAGCGAAUCUGAAGUAGAAAAAAAGAUUCCUGAAAAUGCUAAUACGAUUCAAUUGUCUCAAGACGAAUUGAAGGCGAUGGAACAAGUUAAAGCAAAACAGGAAAAGGAAGACGAGAAAAUUGUUCCUGAGCAAAUCAAGAGGGAGGAAGUUGUGGAAGAUGACGGAAGUGAUACCGAAGCUCUUGGAGAUAUUUUACCGAUUUCCGGAGACUUGUUGGAUAGUGAUUUAGUUAAUACAAUAAUGAAUGAAAAUGAUGACGAUCUUGCUAAAGCUAGCGAAGCAUUUGACGAAUUAGACGAUGCUCAGAGUGGAAGUAAGGAUGAACUAACGGAUAUUCUUAGUCCGCAUUUUAAUUUAAUGGAGUCAAUGGUCAGAGAUACCGGCUUACCAAAUAUGGAUAGUAAAGAUAUAGAGGAAAUAUUUAAGGGUGUUCUGACCGAUGAAUCACAGGAAUCUCAAGAAUCAUCAGUGUUUUCUUUACAAGCUCAGACUUCGCAUCCGUCGUCAUCUACUACUCCUUUAGUAUCGCCUUCUCCUCAUCCUGGUAUACAACCAGCGAUACCUUUGGCAAGACCUCAAGUACCUGGCGCUUUACCCUCGGUUGGUCAGUCAAACUUAAACUCGCCUAUGAGUUUUCCACCACCUUCGCCGUAUCACUCUGAAUACAGCAAUAGUCCACAGUUUAGCCCGGCAUUUUCGGAACCACCCAGUCCAUGGGUGAACCCCGAGGACGAGGGAACCAUUCCAGCGGGCAAUGUUACCAUUUCGAGCAAUCAAAAAAACACUCAGAGAAUGGAAAAUGACGAGCCAUUAGGCAGUGGAGCGACAAUGGCUUCAGUACUUUAUGCUAAUAUAAAUCAUCCCGAAUGGAAAACUGAAUACCCAGUGUGGUCUGAAAGAUACAAGCAAAUAUCGAAGAAGUGGCGAACGCUUCCAAAUGACCAGAAAACUAUGUACGUAACCCGAGCUCGGGACAAUCGAGCCGCUCUUCGCAAGAAAACACAACAGUUCUCCAAGGAUUCACCACUGCCAUGCUCAAGCACAAACAACAUUACUACCAUUACCAACAUAACCACUACCAACACUACCAUCAAUAUGACUACCAUUACCACUUCUACUGCCAUGACCACCAUCAUCACCAAGCCUGCUGCAAUGACGACUCAACAGCAGCAACAGCAACAACAGCAACAGCAAGUAUUGGGUCUGAAACCUGUGGAGAAGCAGCCAGGAAUGUUGAUGGCUACGGGAAUGACGUCGAACAGCAAUAGUCAACAUCAGGAGGAACAAGACCGACUAUCGAAUAGAGAUCGAUCCAGCAGGGAGGCUGAGCAGGAGAGACAAUGGAAACAGUUGCAAGCUUUACGACAGCAGCAAGCUCAACUCCAACAACAAGUCAUACACGAGCAACGCGUGCAUGCGAUGGCGAGAGUACACAGACAAAUCAGCGAAGAAGGUACACCUCAAUUGAACACUGAUACCACUAUCGGAUUAACGACGCAAUUACAAGUUUCCACGGCACAAGACACAAAUCAACUGACACCUCUAGCAUCUCCUUCUCCAGGCUCUCGCACCACCUUUGCUACGCCACCGCUUAAAGCUCCACGCGGUCUUACUCCUCAGUCCCCUCAUCAUCAAACUAUAGUACGUCUCCCCGCACCAGCUCCCUGUCGGACAGUACGCCCGGGUUUUCCACAGCCACCGUCUCCAUUUUCGCCGCAGGCGCCGCAAUCACCUCAUGAUUUUCCUCAGUCUCCCGCGUCUACUCAAACCUCCCAAGAGUCUCAUUUUCAGCGUUUUGAAGGCAAUGUUUCAACUCCCGCGUCUCCGUACUCGUCACCUCAGGCGUCAGGUACACCUCGCGCACCCGUGUUUAAUCCUCCACGGCCUCCCGUUUAUGCUCCCCCUCCUCUCGCUCCACCUGCAACAUCGCGAACUCCUGAUCCUUACAGCCAGCCACCUGCUACUCCCACGUCAGCCUCCGCUGCGCCUGGUUACCCAUCACCCCGAAGUUCGGAGACUCCUCGAACACCUCAGGAGCAAGAAGUGACUUUCGGACAACAACCGGAAGUCAAUAAACAAUUGAGAGAUUUACUGCAGAGGCAACAGUUCACUAAGAAAAUUGAAGGAGGAAAUUGGAUUCAAGACGGACAGAAUAAUUCAGAGAACAACCAACAACAAUUCGAAGCGAGUCAUGUGCAACUUCAGCAACAUCCUCAAGUACCAAGUAACAACGGCGAAGGUACCUUUAGACAUCCGCUUCCACCAGGCAUUGUCAGAACUAGAAUGCCUAUUCAACCAAACGUCUUGAUUAGAAAUCCUAUCGGAGUAAAUUCACGACAUCCUGUAGCAGGAAAUAUUCAGGGUUCGACAGAUCAUCGCACUAGAAUGCUACUACAGAAUAGGCCGCAAAUAGCUGCAAAUAUACAGCAUCAAUAUGCUGUAACAGGAACUCAGAGUCUGCAAACACGGAUGCCAGCAGCAAGAAAUACUAUUUCCGAGCCUUAUGAUAUUUUGCAGCAACAGAGAUUUACAGAUGCAAAUCAGACGCAAAACCUGAACCAGCGUGUUGCUCGGACGGCACAAGAUAAUCUAAACCAAAGUAUUCGCAUGUUGAGCACUGCCCCGGGAAUAGUUCGAACACCUCUUAUACCUACUACGAUAAGUGAGACUACAGCAGUGACUACUUCAGAAGCGUCUGAGAUACCCGAUAACGUGACAGCCGAAUUGGAAAAGUUAGAGCAAGAAGGAGCGGGACCGAUGGUUGAGGUGGAAGGUGUCAGUGCAAUAUUAGGAGAUUUAGCAGAUGAUGAUGACGAAUUACUUGCCGAAAUGGGAGCGGAUUUCAACAUUCUGGCAUAUGCCGAUCCCGAAUUAGCUAUUGUGGGUGGAGAUAAGACCAACAUUCUUGAUCUGGAUCUCGAGCAAGUUGAGGUCGAUCCGAAAGACGAAAAGCAAAAGAAAGAAACCAAGGAUGAAGAUCAGAAACCGGAAUUGACCGAUCCGUCACCUGAAAUUGCCGAUCCCAAUCCGGUAGCCACAAGUCUGACAUUGACGGAAAAUUCUAAUGUGCCGACGAUGACAUCACCGCAGGCAACGUCACAAACGAUUCAGGCGCAAGUGGUGCAGCAGCAAAUACAUCAGCACAUGCAACAACAAGCGGCUUUGGGACGUCCGAUGCCGCCUGGAACAAGAUUAGUGGCAGGUGAUGGAGUUGUAGGAGUAGUGACUUCUACAAAUACAGUGACUGUAAGCUAUCCGUCCAGCUUUCCCGGACAUCCGCAGAGAAUAGCACAAACCCAUAUACAAGUUACACAGCAACAACAACAGCAGCAACAACAACAACAACAACAACAACAACAACAACAACAACAACAACGACUAGGUAUGCGAAUGCCAAAUGUGGCGGGAGUACCAAAUGUACCAAGCAGAGUGGUCGCUGUAAAUCACAUGAUCAGCACUCGGAUGCCGCUGGCUCCUCCACCACCGCCACCGCCACCUCCAUAUCCGGGACCGCCACCUCCCUAUCCAGGACCGAUGCAAAUGGGGCUGUGCCUAGGUGGUGGUGGGCGAGGUAUGACGCGGCCCCCAGUCCAUAUGACGGGGCACCAGAUACCGGUGGCGGGCCCGCCGAUGGGCCCUUUGGUGCCACAUUCUCACCGAAGACCUUUGCUUCUGCAGUCGUGUUCACAGGAGCAGCCGUUGUUGCUAGAAGAAUUACUGGAACAAGAGAAACGCGAACAAGAGAAACAACAGCAGCAACAGCAACAACAACAGCAGCAGCAGCAAACUGAGAAUACUGCUGCAGGAGGAAGUCUUCUGAGUGACAGUGACUUUGAAAGACUUAGAGCUGAUGUUUUGGGCACAACAUCACCUCCACAAGGUAUGGCACCUGUGAUCAGACCACCGUGUACGGCUAGACCACCUUCAGCACCCGGUACCAGCUGGCAGCAAAGCAGCGUUGCUGCUAAUGGAACACCAAAAUUAGCAACAGCUCAAGUGGGAGCGAGACAGCCAAUUGCCACGCAGACACCACCCGAACCGAGAGUGACUACAUUUACCAUUCCCCAAAUACCGGCACCACCAACUCCGCCAGAAAAUAUAGUUACCGAACAAGAUCGACAAAUUCAACUGCAAUAUGAACAUUGGCUUAAUAAUCAACGUCAAAUAUUGACGCAACAAUUAAACUAUUACGAGACAGAAGUUCAAAAACGCCGUAAGUCAAAAAAGUCGCUUAACAGCAAACAACGGCAGCUUCGCAAAUCCGGUAACGAACUACAAGAAACCGACUCCGCGGAGCUUAAACGCGUUACUAACGAACAACAAAUUCUUCAGAAACACUUAGAAACCGCUCGAAAACAAAGCCGCCAACAUGGUGCAUUAAUUCAAGAAUAUCACAACAAACAACAGCAACGACAGAUUCAAUCCCAACCAAACGAAUCUUGUUCUCCACUAAUGUCACCAUCCCAGCAUUCCCCAAUGCAUUCUCCAGCAGCCUUAGUUUCCCAAAGUCCUGGUCCUAGUAUGAUUCAACAUUCACCAGCGACGCCAUCAAUUGUUCAACACAGUCCAGGUACACCGUUACUUCAGCAUAGUCCAGGUAAUCCUCAAUCAACCAAUCCGGGGACAAUGUCACCUCAUAACGUCCAGCAACAAUCCCCAAGAAUUGGUACUCCUCAAGGUGAUGAAAGUCCUUUUAGUCCUGGACCAUUACCUUCGCCGGGCUUAUGCAAUCCCAACUCUACGCGAAUGACAUCCCCACAACAUAGAGCUAUUAUUAGUGGAAGAUUGACAACUUCUCCUGGUGCUUUUACGCCAGAAACGCGAAAUCAGCAACAAAUGAUUGCUGAUCAGAGUGUAAGAGUUCAUAAUUUAACUCAGAGAUUUGUUAGGCCACCAGAAGGAGCACAAAGAAGAGGCGGAAUUUAUAGCGCGCAACCUGGACAGCAACAAUUACAAUUGAGUCAACAACAGCAUCAACUGUUGCAGAGACAAAUAAUACAACAACAUGAAAGUGUUGCUCAAGAUCAGGGACAAAGUGUUAUUGCAGCUCGAGGAACGUUACAACGGCAGCAGGUUCUUCAGCAACAACUUGAAGGUGUUCCGAGACAACUUCUUCAGCAACAGAAUGAUAUUUCUCAAGAUGGACAAAAUCUUGUUGCUCAAAGAAAUUUACAAAUAUCUCAACAAAGACAGAUUCUUCAACAUAAUGAUCUUAUUACUCAAGAUGGGCAGAGUGUCAUUGCUCAAAGAAAUUUGCAAAUAGCUCAGCAAAGACAACCAAUUAUUCAGCAACAGCAACAACCGCAACAAGAAAAUAUUUCUCAAGAUGGACAGAAUGUUGUUCAGAGAUCAAUUCAAAUAUCUCAGCACCGACAACAAAUUCUUCAACAACAAAUUCUUCAGCAACAACCUAAUAUUUCUCAAGACGCUAUUUCUCAGGAUGGACAAAAUUCAAUUAAUCAGAGAUCUUUACAACUGAUGCAACCGCAACAACGACAGAUUCUUCAACAGCAACAACAAAGUGAUCUUUCUCAUGAGGGACAAAAUGCGGUUGCGUCUCAAAGAAACUUACAACAGAUAAAACAACAGAUUCUUCAACAGCAGCAACAAAUUCUUCAACAACAACAUGAAGGUAUUUCUCAAGAAGGACAGAAUUCUAUUGGUCAAAGAACGUUACAAAUGGUUCAACGACAACAGAUUCUUCAGCAGCAGCAACAACAACAACAACAACAACAACAACAAGAAAGUAUUUCUCAAGAUGGACAAAAUGUUACUACUCAAAGAAACUUACAAAUGACGCCACAGAGACAACAAAUUCUUCAACAACAGCAUGAUGCUGUUUCUCAGAAUAUAUUUCAAGAUGGACAAAGCGGUGUUGCUCAAAGAACAUUACAAAUGCCUCAACGUCAAAUUCUUCAUCAACAACAGCAUGAGUGUAUUUCUCAAGAUGGACAAACUGUUGUUGCUCAGAGAAAUUUGCAAAUAAAUCCACGACAACAAGUUCUGCAACAACAAAUUUUACAACAACAAAUUCAACAACAGCACGAAAGUAUUUCUCAAGAUGGACAAGGUAGUAUUACUCAAAGAUCAUUACAGAUUACGCAACAACAACGACAACAAAUUCUUCAACAACAUCAGCAACAUGAAGCUAGUUCUCAAGCUAUAUCUCAAGAAGGACAAAAUGCUAUUGCUCAAAGAACACUACAAUUGGCUCAGCAACGACAACAGAAGUUGCAUCAACAACAACAACAACAACAACAACAACAUGAAACUCAAGAAGGGCAGACAACUAUUGCUCAAAGGACGCUUCAAGCAGCUCAACAACGUCAACAAAUUCAUCAACAACAGCAACUUGAAGGUGUUUCUCAGACUAUUUCUCAGGAAGGACAGAAUUCUAUUCAUCAAAGAUCACUUCAGAUAGCUCAUCAACGUCUUCUCCAGCAACAGCAACAACAACGCCAAUUUCUACAGAUGCAUCAGCAACAACAGCAACAACAAAAGCCGCCUACUUCGCCGAUGGUAUCUCAGCCAGCAAAUUCCCCUAGUCCACAGCUUCAUCAGCAACUUCAGCAAGGAUAUGGCCAACCUCCAAAUUCACCUAUGGUGCAGCAGGCGACUAUGGGGUCUCCAAUGCUUCAACAACAGUUGAAUCCAACUUCGCAACCGCCUAGUCCAAUGAACAGAAUUUCGCCCAUGCUUCAUGGCGGUCAUCAUCACUCUUCAACAUCUAAUCAACCGCCUAGUUCACCAAUGAUGCCUAGAAGUCCUAUGGUGGCUGGAUCACCGAUGCAGAUGCAGCGAAGACAAUCGACCGGAAAUAGCCCCGCUAUGCCGGACAGACCUCAGAGUGUGGAAAAUCCUGGAACUCCAAGAGCACCUCAUACUCCUCAUAGUUAUGUUCAGCAAACCACUAAUUUAACAACUUCAAGUGAUCAGCAGCAAGUUUCUCAGCAAAUUUCUCAGCAAGUACUGCAAGAACAAUCGUUAUCAGAAAAUUCUAGAGGUGGUGGAAAUCCCAAUAAUCCCCUAAACCCGGUUCCUUAUCCCAAAUCUGGAUAUAUUAAAUUGGGAUUAAGAGGUGGUUCACCGAAUGAUGUAUAUUCACAAGUUUCUUUAUCAGAAAAUUCUAUCAAAAGUGAGAAAAGUUCAAAUGACGUUGCAGAACGUUCUCGUCCACAAUUUCCUUGGUUUAAGAGAUUUGGAUAUUUUAAAUUAGGUUUACGAGGUGGAUCACCGAUGUGGUCAAACAAGGCGGAAAAUAGCAAGGGAUUAGAAACACCUCAGACAAAAAGAGAUCAAUCAACAGAAGAGAAACCAAAUACUUCAUCAAAUCGGAAAAUAAGUAGAGUUGGUUCGUUGGUUUGUGCCGAUUAUAAUGACUUUGAUGAUGAUUCGCAUACACCACCGCAAGCUUCACCAACAAUCUUAGAUGUAAAAUCAGGUGGUCAAGGCGCUUCUUUGAUUUCCUCGACUUUAGACAAUGGAUCUUUAACCUUAGAAAGUCCUGGAGAGAAGCUGGAGCAACUUCCAGACACGACGGAUUAUGAUGAUGAUAAAACCAUUGUCAACACUGAAGUUACCUUGAGUUCUACAGCUCAGCGAGAUAGUGAUGAUAUCACUGUGAUCGAACAGUUCGGCGAUUCAGAAUUAGUGGACGUUAUAUCAGGUAGUCUAGAAGGUGAUAUGCAGGAAGAAUAUGUUCUUUUUGAACCUGGAAUGGUAGUAGAUCUCUCCGCUGAUAGCAAUGAUUCACUCUGCCACGCUCUAGUGAAUGAUGCUGGUCAGGGUCACGACUUGGUCCAAAUUUUGGAGAUUGAAAAUCCCGAAUCACACUCGGAAGAACCAAUUUUGAGCGAUGAAGAUCUAGUUCCGUCUCAUAUGAAAAAUAAGAAAGGUCUCAGACUCGAUAUUGUGAGAACUUUACAAUCUGGAAAGAAACUAGUCGCUGUUACUGAUACUCCUGAGUCUCCAGAUCAGGAGGAACUCCGAGUAGAACCUUCUCCAGGUCCCUAUUUAGAUCAUUCUCCUGAUCAGGACCUCAUGUCCUUAGUAAGUGAGUCUGAAGUGGUUAUUAUUGAUCCUACCACAAAGUCUCCUGAAGACAAUCUUUCUAAGGGUUCUUGCGAUGAUGAGAUUGAAAAAACUGAUUCCAACGGGCAAACUAAUGUCUCUAAAGAGAAUGCAGAAAGCUUAGAUGAUCGAACCAAGUCUUCGAAACAAAGCAAGAGUCCUACGAACUUUAUGUUUUCGGAAAAAACAGCCUAUACAAAAAUUCCUGUUCACCAAACAAAUGUUACCACAAUUACAAUUUCGAAACCGGCGAUAUCGUUAGUAAAUACUGUACUGUCUAUAAAUUCAAUUCCAAAUUCUACUAGUUCUAAUACUCAAAUGAAUCAAAUCUUAACUCAGCCAAUCACAAUAGAAGCAAAACCAGUUGGUCAGUUUGACUCGAAGGAAGCUUCUUCAAGUUCGAUUAGUAAUCAGAAAAAUGUCACAUUGCCGUCUACGAUGGCAAGUAUAGUGGCGGAUGCAAAACUUGCCGCAAAGCUUAGUCAAACAGCUUUGGAGAGUAUUUCUAAUUCUCAGCAAGGCAAACCAGACACGAAAGUUCCGACAGUCAGCGAAACACCGAAAAUAUUAUCUUCUAGCAAACUUUGUGCAAGCUCAAGUUUAUCAAACGUAACGGAAUCUCUAAAUAAUCCCACAAAGUUAGUACUAAAUGUACAACCAACUUCUGUGACACUGUCGACUCCGAAGAUGUCGAUUCCAGACUUGUCGAUAAAAGAGAAUAUUUCGAAGAACAUAGAGAAGCAAGCAGAAAGUCAGGAAAACGAUAUGAAAAGAAAAAAAGAGGAAGAGGAGAUUCAAGAUAAAAUCAAGAAUGAGAACGAUUCUCUAGAAUUAUCGGAUCUUUCAGGAACUAUUGCUGAGGAAAAAAAGAGCGAUCCGUUAAAUACCACGGACGAGUUGGAAAGUAUGUUAGAGGCUAUUCACAAUCCCGCAGAAAACGCUGAGAACAAAAAUGAUACUCCAACGUCGACCUUGAAGAGAAUGUCGCCCGUUACUGAUGAUCUAUCGCUUGUAAAUAUAUUAGAAAAUGAUACUGAAUCAGUAGAAAACGACAAAGAACAGCUCUCUUCAGGGUCUGACUCUCAAAAAGGUACGAAUAAAUCAAAAGAGACCGAAAAAGACAUCGAAGAAGCUAAUACCGACAAAAAUGUUCUUUUAAAUGAAAAGAACCAUCAGGAAAGUCUGUGUACCGAAGCAGAGAACUCUAAACAAUUCCUUUCGGAUUCUUUGAGCGAUGAAAAAACUUUGCUGGAAGACUCUUCUGAUGAUCUGUUGGACAUUUUGCACAAUAUUAUUUCGUCGAAGCCGGAAAUGGCGAACAGUGGCGAACUAAAAUCUAGUAUUUACCAGAUGCCAACUCCAAAUAGUGGUGAACUGAAGUCUAGCAUUUACCAGAUGCCAGCUCCGUUGGAUACUUUACCUUUGAACAUUCUUCAAGAUUCGAUCGACUUGGAGCAAGAAAAUUUCGAAAACGACCAACAAAUUCCUCCGACUGAAACUAAAAAUCAAGUAAAAAAUCAAACUUCUGAAGUAAAGAAGAGUUCUCCAGCGACAAAUCAAACUUCUACUUUGGUGGUCAGUACUGUGGCGCAGUUGCAAAAGAGUACAACUACUGUUCCUCAUCUAUCACCGCUUUCGAAGCCGACAGAAUUAACUUCGAACGUAGCCAACGCGUCCAGUCAACUAAUGACUUUCUUAUCAUCCUUUCAUACCAAUCAGACAACGGGGAAUCAAACCACAGUAGUCACUAUGGUUUCUCCGGCCAAAUCUGGGAGUGUACUAUCGACUUCUAGCACAAUGUCGACUUUGAAUUCAUCAAAUAAUAUUCCGAAUGUAGUUGCGACAUUGGCUAGAUCAGAUCAAGGUCGAUCUCAAUCAAACGUGACUAGCGCUAAAGAUAUGGAUUUUAGUAUGAAAGAGCCACCUAAGGAGUCUAGCGGAGUUGUUACUGCGAUUUCGAAGGUCGGUAGUAAUGAGCAGCAGGUUUUUCGGAUUGCUUCUUCAGCUGCAACUCUUCAAUCCACUUCAGUUUCGAAUCUUUCAAGUACUUCUUCAGCAAUUAUAACAUCUAGAACAAUUGCAACUUCUAUCUCAAUCACCUCGAACGCCAUAUUAAAUACCAUGCUGACAAGCUCGACCCCUUUAAAAUCUUCAGUUGCUUGUCAUAGUCGAAGUAAUACGAUACCAACUCAGUCUGCCAAUCUUCUGUGUUCUGUUUUGCCUUCGACUUCGAUACAGCGCUCUCAAGGCCUCCAGACGAUUGUUCAAGUCAGUUCAGGAUGUUCAACUUCUCGAGUAUUGGUGAAUACCACUUCAACUGUGACAAACUCAAUGCCAACUCAGUGCGUUAGGACUAACAUGCCACCCUCAAUGACUUCCAGCGGAGUUCCCGCUAGCAUCCUUCAAUCGACGUUAUCACAAACAAGUCCUUCGACUUCUAAUCAAGGACAGUACAAGCCUUCAGGUCUUCUACCUAUGGACAAUAAAAGUAACGAACUUAAAAAUCAAUCUGUGACACCAAAAAAAGAACCUGAAGAUUCCGAAAUUCAAGAAAAAAGAGAAAUAGAAGGUAGCAAAAAUUCUUCUAGUUCUUUACGAUUAGAAGAAUCCCAGAAUGUAUUGUUGAAGCAACUAUUACAAAACACAAAUACAAAUACAGGAUGUGCCAUUCCUGCAGAAGCAUUACAAGGACCAGGUCUAUCAGGAUGUCUUUCGCUGGAAGCUCAGUUAGCCAUGCCUUUUUUGUCACAACCAUUUUUACGUCCUCAGCAAGAAGUCCUGAGCGAAUUAAAGGACGAAAGACCAAAACCGAUAAAACACCUUCUUUUUACAAGGGAAACUUCUUUCUUGUCACAUUCAGUAACACCUGUGAAUCAAAGUUCAUUAAAUAAGGAAGAACCACCUAAACCUCCAAUAUCUAGUUCAAUCCCGAUAGCAGCACAAAAAGGACAAACUGAGAGUUCAAAGCAACAAGCACCAACAAAAUCAAUUCCUAGUACUUCAGCAAGUUCUUCAGCAAGUUCUUUAGUAAAUCAACAACCUGUUUCUUCGACGGUAACAAUGGCAAGAACAUCUCCGAGCGUUUCUACAAAUCAAGAGACUUCUAGUGGCGAUCAGGUUAAGUCAGGGACUGGUAUAAGCGAGGGACCUCCGACUCCACAACGCGUCGCCGUGCAAAGUAAACCAUUAGUGACUACUGGAAUGGCAUCGAAGACGAUGCCACUACCGACCAACAAUUCCAGUAAUAUUUCUCAGACUCAGAUCGAGCAGCCUCAAGUGCAAAUCACACAAAAACCGAUAGUGGCUCAAAAACCGAUUUCUUCUUCAUUAUCAUCAUCCUCUUCUUCUUCUUCGACUUCCUCUGUUCAACAACAAUCUGUUCAACAAGUGCCUCAUAGCCAAGGGCCCAUUGCAGGUCCACCACAAACCGUUACGGUGCCCGCUGUUCCAUCGGGUUCCAAUGCAGUGCCUUUGGUCGAAGUGAAGAAAGAGGUUGGCCUUGAGGAAGUUCUAUCAGCUACAACGCCAACCAGUCAAUUGCAGACUGAUACCAAAGACUUUCUUACUGCCAAAGAAGAGCUCAUGGACAGUGUAAUGGAUGAUAAAACUGAUCUCAAAAAGUUGAAAAGAAGACAAUAUCAGCAGAAACGAAAACAAAGCCAAGGCAAAGAUGCCACAACUGCGCCUCAGAAAAAACGGUCUCGCAAGAUCUCACGUUAUGACGAAGACUACGACACAUUUGUGGAUAAUCUGAUGGCACAGUUGCGACAGCUACCACCAAUGACAGUGCUGGAACCUCUUCUGGGACGCAACUUCGGAGUAUGUCCAAUUUUUGGCUGUGGGGAUCUUACAAAGAUCGGAAGUCAGAAAGAUUAUAACGCGAGAACUGGCGACUUGAUUGGAGGUUACGGUUCGGCCAGUUUGCCUGGAGUUUCUGAUCACUACAAUACGCAACCUUUCGGAGAAUUAGACCCCUUACCACCUCAGCAGCCUUCGAUCACGCAGAGAGGAUUCUAUGAACAAGAGUUUCCGCCUUUGAAGUUGGAUGAUUCUGAUGAUAAAAAAGAAAAUAUGACAAUGAAUCGCGAUGUAGAUUCUCCGGAUACCAUCGUGAGUUCAUCCUCGCCUGAAUGUGUUAUACCAGAAUAUAUGCAUCGUUUCCCCGGAUUGCGACUAAUUGAAGAAGAGUCAGACGAAGAUGCGGACUGGUUGAAACGCGUGUCACCUGCCAUACCUUUGAUCUCGCCUAUACCAAUCAGAUUGAAGCCUGCUUAUUCGAAAGAUGCAGCUAAACAAGACAAAGAGAACCUUGGAAUGCCCAAACUUGGCAAGUCUCCUCCGAUUCCUUUACGCGAAAAUGGAAACGUCACCGUCACCUUAACACUUAAUAGUCAAGCUGCUGAUGAUAUUAUGGGUGUACUUAAAGACCUCGCUAAUAUUCUGAAUAUAGCACCACCCUCUGGUUAUCAGAUUGUUGAACGCACCACCACACCUCCCAGUCAAAAACUGGGAUUGUAUAGAACAAAAGGAAAGGACGGUAAAGAAGGUGCUCCAAUUGAUAUACAAAGCAUCUUGAACGGUGCGGCGAAGUUCUGCCGCCAUUGUGACGUUGUGAUUCUUAAUAGCUUGAUUCGGAAGAAAGUGUCGGAUUUGCCAUUCUUAAGCAAAGAAGAAGCUGAACCUGGUGACGAGCUUUGUUUUUGUUCGGUGGCUUGUUACAUGCAAUUUGCACUUAUGCAUCGAACACCUACCAACACUCAGGAUAAGGCCGCGACUAUAGUAGACCAUAUAUGUUCUAAAACAGAACCUUUGGAAGAUGAUCUGAAGAAUGUAAAGAAAUUCCCUGUCAAGCAGUUACAACAGCAAGAAAAAGUCAAAAGCAUGGAAAUAGAUAAUGGACCUGCUGUAGAUAUCAAAGUGAAAACUGAGAAGCCAGAAAAUACGGAAAACAUGGAAAUUGAUGAGAAACGAGCUAAGAAGCAUUCGAUUACUGAAGAGACUAAUGAAACUGAGCCGCAACCUCCUGCAAAAGUUUGGAAAGGUGUGAAAUAUAAAAUAUGGUCGGUGGGAAACAUGCAACCUCCUACUAAAUUCAAAAAACCCACCGAAAAAGAACUAACUGAGAUGCUAUUUCGCAUGGGAAUCACUGUAAUGCCCGUGAAAUGCGAAGACAGUCGUCGUUGCAUGUUCUGUCAGGGUCAAGGUGACGGACCCACCGAUGGACCAGCUCGACUACUUAAUUUUGACGUAGACAAAUGGGUGCAUCUCAAUUGCGCGUUAUGGUCCGAAGAUGUGUACGAACAAGUAAAUGGCGCGUUUAUGAACUUGGAUACUGCUCUGCAGCACAGCCUCGCUCUGAAUUGUAUUGUUUGCGAAAAACCUGGUGCCACAGUCAAAUGCUUUAAGAUCAGAUGCACCAAUGUCUAUCAUCUAGGAUGUGCUGUUAAAGAUAACUUAGUUUUUUACAAGAAUAAGACCACUUUCUGUUCCCAACACGUCCAAAAGAACGAGAAAGAUAACGAAUUGACCACGCUGUCAGUUUAUCGUCGCGUUUAUGUCAAUCGCGAUGAAAAUCGUCAAGUUGCAGCAGUGAUGCACCACUCCGAGCAUAACCACUUACUUCGCGUAGGGUCUCUCAUUUUUCUCAGUGUCGGCCAACUGCUACCUCAUCAAUUGCAGAAUUUUCACACGCCUAAUCACAUUUAUCCAGUGGGUUACAAGAUCAUACGCUUCUACUGGAGCAUGCGCACACCUAAUAAGCGUUGUCGUUACAUCUGCUCAAUCCAUGAUGUUUCUGGUCGUCCAGAAUUUCGUGUUCUCGUCCAAGAACCUUUUCAGGAAGAUGUUGAGCUGCGGGAUGCCACUCCGCGGGCUGUUUGGAGUCGAAUUUUAGAACCGCUUGCGGCAUUGAGAAAAAGUACAAACUCUAUGCAUUUCUUUCCGAGACAUAUUACAGGCGAAGAUUUGUUUGGCCUGACAGAACCAGCAGUAGUGCGAGUUCUGGAAAGUUUACCUGGAAUCGAGACCUUGACUGAUUACAGGUUUAAGUACGGUCGCAAUCCACUACUGGAAUUACCUUUGGCUAUAAAUCCAAGUGGAAGUGCGCGAACAGAAGCUCGUUUGCGUAAUCAAUUGCCGUGGAAACGUCCGCAUACGCAACGUACAGGAGGUUUAGCGGCACGCGGAGCCGUGCCAUUUGCUUUAUCGACGUGCAGUAGCGUCGCCGGGUUAAGCACGAGCGCUUCUUCAACACUGGCGGUCGUUGCUGCCGGUGCGGGCGAAGCUCCCUCCUGUCCCUACUCCAAACAAUUUGUGCAUUCCAAGAGUUCGCAGUAUAAAAAGAUGAAGCAAGAUUGGCGUCAUAACGUUUAUCUGGCGAGAUCAAAGAUUCAAGGUUUAGGAUUGUAUGCAGCGAGAGAUAUAGAAAGACAUACGAUGGUGAUCGAGUACAUAGGAGAGAUUAUCAGAACGGAAUUGGCGGAGAUGAGAGAAAAACAAUAUGAGAUUAGAAAUCGCGGUAUUUAUAUGUUCCGAUUAGACGAAGAACGAGUAAUAGAUGCAACGCUGUGCGGUGGUUUAGCUAGAUACAUCAAUCACUCUUGCAAUCCUAAUUGCGUCGCUGAGAUCGUCGAAGUUGAUCGCGAUCUUAGAAUCAUUAUCUUUGCCAAGCGUAAAAUCUCACGUGGUGAAGAGCUUGCUUAUGAUUACAAAUUCGAUAUCGAGGACGACCAGCACAAGAUUGCGUGUGCUUGCGGCGCACCAAAUUGCCGCAAAUGGAUGAACUGAAUAAAUCAGGAUGAUCGCAAGAAGAAACAAAUGAAAGACUCAAUCUUUCCACCCUGUCGAUUGUUAUUGUUGCUCCGUUAUAUAGGGAGUGAUCCAGGGUUAAGACUUUAAGAAUCAAUAGGUCGAAGAGAACUCGCGUGGUGCUAAUCAGAGACGCCAUCACAUUCCUCCAAAGUGUUAUACAAUAUACAUAUAUUAUACAUACAUAGUUAUAUAUCGUUAUAUAUAUUAUAUAUAUAAAAAAAAAGAAAUAUCGCUUGUAUAUUACUAUUAUUAUCGUGUACGAGACGAGUGAAAAGUAUCAAGAGAGUGAGAGAAUAGAAAAGUAUGUAUGUAUAUGAAAGAGAGAAAGAAAGAUGAGUGUGAGAGAUAAAGAGAAUUUAUAUCUUUGCUUUUUGACGAAUGACAAUUUGUUGUAACAUAGAUUGUUUAUUAUAUGAUUAUUAUAUCAUGUAUAAUUAUAAUAUAUAUUAGACACAUCUCGCGCGUGUGAUCGCACCGAUUCUGUAAAUAUAUAUAUUAUAUAGGAAGUAGUUAUUUUCAAACUACUAAGUACAUGUAUGUAAAAUGAAAGAUACAUAUGAAAUGAUUUUGAAGAUUA